AUCGUGACGUCGGUGGUGGUGCUGACGCCGCCGGACGAGGGCCCGCGGGUGCGCGGCCGCCGCUUCCGGCUCGCCGACAUCCUGGGCCACGAGUUCGCCGCGCUGCGCUUCAACGGCUCCUGGGUGUCGGGGGACGAACUUGUGUUCCGGGACCAAUGGGGAGGCAUCAGCCUGUUCAACGCUGCCAACCUUACCAGCCGAAGCAUUAUGCCCAACCAAACCUUCAAGCGGCUCAAUCCAGUGCGGUUUUCCAUGUCUCCAGACCAUCGCUACAUCCUGCUGGCCCACAAUGUACAAAAGCUCUUCCGCUACUCCUACCUUGCGCAGUAUACGAUCUAUGACGUCGCCACCAUGGACGUGUUCCCGCUGUCACCGACGUCGCCCUCCGAGGACUCGCAGCAGCAGCGCUUCCUGCUGCACGCUGCGUGGGCGCCGCGCGGUCACGCCCUCGUCAUCGUCUACGACUACGACGUCUACUACCGGCCCCACCCGCGCUCCGGCCAGUCCUACCGCGUCACAAACACCGCCGUGCCCGGCGUCCUCAGCAACGGCGUGCCCGACUGGCUCUACGAGGAGGAGGUGCUGGGCAGCAACGAAGCGCUGUGGAUGUCCAACGACGGCCACCUGCUGCUGUUCGCCACGUUCAACGACACGCUCGUGGAGGAACAGCGCUUCCCCUGGUUCGGCACGCAGGACGACGGAAAGCUGUACCCCGAGAUCCGUAGCCUGCGCUACCCCAAGCCCGGAACGCCUAAUCCUGUGGUGACGCUAUCAGUGGCUGACUUGGCGGACCCGAAGAACAUCCGCACCAGGGACCUGAAGCCACCGAGUGCGCUCAACCACACAAAGGAGCUGUACUUCACGGCUGUGACGUGGGUGAGUGUCACCGAGGUGUCCGUCGUGUGGAUGAAUCGGCCGCAGAACCUCUCCAUCGUCACCGUCUGCAAGAAUCCGCUCUGGAUCUGCCAAGAGACGCACCGGGUGAGCGGCGAGGGCCGCGGCUGGGUGGACACGCAGGACGCGCCGCUGUUCGCGCCGGACGGCCUCAGCUACGUGGCGGUGGCGCCCGUCAUGGACGGCCCGGCGGGCCACUACCGGCACGUCGUGCUCGUCAACAUCCCGCGCAAGAGGCUCCUGCCGCUCACGCACGGCCGGUUCGACGUCUCCCGGCUGCUCGCCUGGGACCACGCCCAGAAGCUCGUGUACUACCUGGGCGUGCCCGAGGGCCGGCCGGGCCAGCUGCACCUGUACCGCAUCACGUCGGAGGUGCCGUCGGUGGGCGAGCCCAUGGGGCUUCCGACGUGCCUCACGUGCCAGCCGGAGACGCCGUCCGAGCACCCGUUCGCCGCCUUCUACGCGUCCAUGGCGAGCGGCCGCCAGGUGCACGACGUGCCGCCCGAGCAGGACGACGACGGCGCCGACGCCUGGGACGACGACGACGCCGAGAGCACCACGCAGACGCCGACGCCCGUCAAGAAGAAGAAGAAGUCGGGGAAGCAGAAAAAUAAAUGGACAGCCGGGCGGCCGGACGUGAUGGAGCUGCUGUCGCGGCCGUGCCUGUUCCACAACGCCGCCUUCAGCCCGAGCGUGGCCUUCUUCGCGCUCGAGUGCCUGGGCCCCGGCGUGCCCACGGUGCGGCUGUACGCCACCCGCGGGCCGCGCCUGCUGCUGCACAUGCAGAACAACACGCGGCUGCUCGAGCGCGCCGCCAAGAUGGCGCUGCCGCAGGUCAAGACCUUCGCCGUGCAGAUCUCGGGCGGCUACUUCGCCCAGGUGCGCCUCCACCUGCCGCCCGGCCUGCGCGAGGAGGAGAUCACCAGCUACCCGCUCGUCGUCCAAGUGUACGGCGGUCCGGGCACGCAGCUGGUGACGGAGCGCUGGAAGCUGGACUGGAGCACGUUCCUGGCCAGCAACCGCGACUUCAUCGUAGCGCAGAUCGACGGCCGCGGCUCAGGCGGGCAGGGCUACCAACUGCUGCACGAGGUCUACCUGAGGCUCGGUUCCGUCGAGGUCGACGACCAGAUUGAAGUCACUGAGUACCUGCGCGACUCGCUGCACUUCGUGGACAAGCGGCGCGUGGCCGUGUGGGGCUGGAGCUACGGCGGCUUCGUGGCGGCCAUGGCGCUCGCCAGGGACCGCGAGCGGGACGUCUUCCACUGCGGCAUCUCCGUGGCGCCCGUCACCACGUGGAAGCUCUACGACUCUGCGUACACGGAGCGCUACAUGGGCCUGCCCAACGAGACGGGCAACUACAAGGGCUACGAGGAGGCGGACGUGAGCCGGCGCGCCGAGCUGCUGCGCGACAAGAUGUUCUACCUGGUGCACGGCACCGCCGACGACAACGUCCACUUCCAGCAGAGCAUGGCGCUGGCGAAGGCGCUCGCCAACAAGGGCGUCCUCUUCCGGCAGCAGGUGUACCCCGACGAGAGCCACACCCUCGGUGGCGUUAAACGCCAUUUGUACCGCUCGAUGGCUAACUUCCUGGACGACUGCUUCCGGAAGCAAGUCCCACCAGACCUGAAGGCUGGUCUGAGGAAUGGAGGCACCUCUGGCGACUGAGCGUUCAGCCACAGCACCACGCAACAUGUUCAGACGCACAACCCCCUGGAACAGCAGUCGCUGGAUGGCGUCCACUGAAGAGGCGAAGUCCACCGAUCGCAAAGUAGUUCUUUUUCUUCCGGUACUAUGUGCCAUUAUUCUGCCUUGCUCCUUAGAGUCGUUUCGUAUUUUUGCGGUAACAGAAGGACACAGAACGGCCGUUUUACUUGUUACUUCACUGAUAAGCCUAUCUGUUGGUUCAGUAUUCAUGUUACCAGUAAUAUGACGAGACAGUGUAGUCAUAGUGUUGUAGGUGAACUGUCACCAUGUGAUAGCGACAUCCAAAUAAUCUCGAACUUUCAUUUGAUAUGCAACUGUUUUUUGUAAUACCCGGUGCACUGGAAUAAGCAUGAGACUUAUUUCAUUUGAUCUGUAAUGAGAAAUUAGGCAAACUAA